AUGACAUGUGAAACAUCUGUGCCAGGCCUGGAGGAGGCGCGGGCACCUCAAAACAUCGCAUCGCCGCAUCGCCAGGCCCGUGCCAGCGAUCUGGUGAAGGCCGAGGAUGCCUGGCGUCAGAUCAGCGUUGGCAGCCUGGUGGAGUACUCGCGCGAGGGCCUUCCGUCUCUCAGGGCGGAGGUCAUUGCGAAAGAGGAAGGCACCUGCGAUUUGUGGUGGCCUGGGCCCUCAGGACCGGAGUGCCCCCGCUUUCAGGUGAAACGGAAUGCCGACGCCAGCUAUGUGAUUGAGUCAUACGCACAUCUCCUGCGGACUCCUGCGCUCUCUGUAUUUGUUUGA